AUGGCUGAGCACUCUGCGUCGGCUCCCCCACCAUCGAAGGUGCUUGGUGAGAAGCAAGUCGACGUGUCGUACACCAAUCGCAUGGCAGUGCGCGCUAUUUUGGUCAACAAUACAAACGAUUUGAUCGCCUUGAUCUACAUCGCCAAGGGCAAUUACUACAAACUUCCUGGCGGGGGCGUCGAAGCGAAUGAAGACCACAAACUCGCCGUCGAAAGAGAGACUCUCGAGGAAACCGGCUGCAGACCAAGGCUUGACGAUAUGCAGGACACCGGAAACCCGACACUGACAGAGCUAGAAGCUUCUGAAGGGUUGAAGCAUAGCUGGGUCUCGAAACAUGAUGCCGUGGAGAAAAUGCGCAACGUUGCACCAACCUCGGAGCUGGGACAGUACAUCAAACGGCGCGAUCUGUUCUUCCUGGAGUCAUUUGUCUCACAGAAGGACCUCACAUCUUAG